AUGUCUGCGCCUACUGCGGCUCAAGCUGAACUCAUCAGCUCUUUAUCUCAAGAUGAAAUCCCAAUCAAGCUUCGAUGCGCCAUAUGCAGCAGAUUAGCUGUCAACGCUUUCCGUUUACCUUGUUGUGACCAGGCCAUCUGCGAAACCUGCCAUUCUACUCUUUCUUCUUCCUGCCCAGUAUGCGAACAUACACCGGUGGCCUCAGAGGAUUGCAAACCCCAUAAAUCAUUACGAACCACGAUAAAGGUCUUUUUGAGAACGGAAGAGAAAAAGCGCAUGGAUGCUCUAGCUAAACAAAGCAAAGAAACGCCGCCAGCUACGCCAGUGGAUGUUCUAUCGACUCCGAUACAGUCGAACGUUCUGGCCGGCCUUGUUGAUGAUACUCCAAAGGCGCUGGAAGAUGCUCCAUCUGCCAGCGACGUAAAGACAUAUGUUGAGUCUGCUAAGCCUGCGGAAGAAAAUGGCGCCUCGGCAGAAACUGGCGCAUCUGAACUGGCACAGGCAGAGGAGCAUGAUGUUCCCCAACCCUCAAUUGAGGAGAUCGCACCUGGUCAAGAGCCUAGUGAGGAUGCGAAACAGGUGGACGCGGCGGCAGACGGCGAAAAAGGCGGGGAGCAAAGUACUGCAGAAAAGGAGGGUGAAACUGGUGUAGUUCAAGCCCAAGCUAUUGGAAGUGGCUUUGGAUUUGACCAAUCUUCCUCUGGGGGCUUUCCUGGGAUGGGCUUUUCUGGCGACUUCAAUCAAAUGCAGAUGAUGAUGGCGAUGCAGAACGGCAUGGCUCCUGGAGGGUUCGGAAAUUUCCCUAUGAUGGGAAUGCCAGGGAUGAAUAUGGAUCCAAUGACGAUGCAAAAUAUGAUGAUGAGUGGUGGCUUUGGAGGGGCAGGCAUGGGCAUGAACGGCAUGAACAUGGGCAUGGGCAUGGGGAACUUCGAUGGUGGUGUAGGUGCAGGUUUCAAUAAUGGGUGGAACUCCCAACAAUCAUGGAAUGUCGGACCAGAUAAUUUCAAUCAUCCAACUGCUGCUGGUAUGGGCCCCGGUGAUUAUGGAGCAAAUAAUUCUGGUUUUUCACAAGAUGCUGCAGGGUUUAACCAAGGUAAUUAUGGACGCGCAAAUCAGUACAAUGACCAUCAAAACAGUUAUUCACAAGGUUACCAAGGUCGUGGACGAGGUAGAGGCAGAGGUGGCUGGCACCAGAACCGAGGUGGCCAUGGGCAUGGCUUUAAUGACCACUCACAACAUUUACAACAGCCAUUUGGCCAAGCUCGGCAAUCGACUGAACCACAUAAUGAGAAUGUCCCAAUGUCUGCAGGACCCAAAGAAGAGACUGAUUCUGGAACUGCGGCGAACGUCGAUGAGUUUGGCAGAGAAUUACGUCAAGAAACUCCCAAGAACGAAGCAGAAAAUAGUGUUGAUAACGUUAUCUCUCAAAACCCCGCAUCUUUUGCGACCCAGGGCCGCGAAGAACAUCACGUAAACUCAGACGACGUCGCUCAAGACGUUCCUUCAGGAAUCACGAAUGAUGAUUUUAUCCCGCAACCCAUAAAAUCACUGGAGGCAAAUGAAUCUGCCGCUUUUGCACCGAUGCCCAUGAUCGGAGAUGGUUACAAUGCUAUGUCCCCUGUAGAUCCAAAUAUGCGCUAUUUUGGCCACCCACGAGGUGGAUUCUCACAAUCACGUGGUGGCCGUGGAGGGAGUUUCUCUGCCAUGCAACCUCCCUUUGUGAAGCCAGUUGAUGUACCUAUCAAUGCCCCCACUGGACCAAAGGCGAUGCGUGAGGGGGGACCGAGAUCAGCCCUUCCCAGUAUUAGAACUCACGGUUUCUCCAUUGCGGGUAAAGCUAGCGCUAGUGCGCGCGGUAGUGUUAGUGCAGCCCCGGAAUCUGUCACUCAAGAAAGAGGACGAACCAGGUCUCCUUCGCAAGAAAAAGAAAAAGAUAGAUCACGAUCAAGAUCGAGAUCAAAAGAUCAAAAGAGAGACAGGAGUAGAGAACGACGUCAUAGACGCAGACACAGAUCAACCUCUCGAUCCCGCUCUGAAGAUGAGGAAGAAAUUGAGCGACGACGAGAAAAACGUCGCGAGCGGAGACGUCGCCACGAAGAAGGAGCUGAUCUCGAGCGUGAUGCAAAUGAAGAUAAGCCCGAGAAAAAAGAUGAUGAUGACAGGAAAAGAGAUGACGAAAAUAGAUCAAGAUCAGCUUCACCACAAGAGUCUAAAAGAUCCAAUCAUCGAAGCAGUCGUCGUGAUCGCGACAAAUAUCGUGACCGAGAAAGAGAUGAUGAUAAGCAUAGAUCUUCGUCUCACAAGCAUCGUUCUAGCCAUCGCUCUCAUCGCGAUGAACGUUCUAGAAGUCGAGAACGCGAACGUAGCGAACGUGACCGUGAAAGGGAGCAUCGCCAUAGACAAAGUCGUCAUGCCUCUCGUGAUGCGGAAGACAGAACAAAUGGUGACACUCCUCUUCAAACUCCCAUUGAGCCGAGUCACUCCUCUAGAAAAUCGUCCCUCAUUUCCAAUGGCCAGAAUGGUAUUGAGAUUAAAGGUGCAAGUUCUCGUAAUAGACCCAAUACAGACAUCAAUUUGUCAUUGAACAUCCCAACUGGACCUAAGGGUAGCCAACGAGAUCGCGAACGAGACCGUGAGAAGGAUCGAUCAGGUCGUCAUGGGGAAUCACAUCGGUCUCGUCGAGAUUCAGAGCGAACCAACACGACUUCACGCGACCAAGAGAAAAGCCGUGCUGAGAAGAAAAAGGAAGACGUCGAUCCACAUACCUUGGAACGAGAGGCGCGCAACCGAGAGAGAUUACUGAAAGAAGCACAACGUAUCGCAGGUUUAACAAGUGCGGUUGGUGUGAACAGAAAAAGAAGUCGUGAUGACGUUGAUGAGAGUAGUAGCAGAAAGGGAAGAAAAAAGGGAAGAAGGGGUGCAGGCACAGACGAUACCGACGAGGCAAGAAUCGCUAGGUUGGAAGCGGAGAGAGAAUCCUCGAGAUGGGCUUAG